GUUUAAUGAAUAAAAGGCACAUGCCAAAAAAAGCCAAGUUUUUUCCCUUUCCUUUCGUAAUUUUACGAUUUGAUCAUACAGGAUAAAAGCAUAAACAAGACCUGUUCAGAGCUCUCUUUUCUUUCUUUCUUAUUCUUUUUCAUUUAUUCAUAAAACACUAUACUUUUGUACAAGUUGAAAAGUUUGCCCUCAUUACGAAAUGACCAAAGACGAGAAAAAGCGUACUCAAAGUCUAGACUACGUAGUGCGAUCAGGCAUAGCGGGUGGUAUUGCUGGCUGCAUGGCUAAGACAUCCAUCGCACCGUUAGAUAGAAUCAAGAUUCUUUUUCAGUCAAGGAACCCAGUCUAUGAAAAAUAUUCAGGCUCUUUCUCUGGUGCUUUCAGAGCCGGUUUUGAUAUUUACAAAAAUGCGGGGUUCAUUGGUUUGUUUCAAGGACAUUCUGUCACUCUGAUUCGAAUUUUUCCCUAUGCCGCCAUCAAAUUUGUAGCUUACGAGCAAUUUAGAGCAAUUUUGAUGCCAACAAGAGCACAAGAAACACCUUCUAAACAGUUUAUAGCAGGUUCCUUGGCGGGCGUGACGUCUGUCUGUUUUACAUAUCCCCUCGACUUGAUCCGUGUUCGUUUGGCUUAUGACGUGAAGGAGGCAGGACAUAAACGUCCCACGUUAUUAGGCACAAUGCAGCAAAUAUUCAAAGAACCAGCGGCAACACGUCGAUUAGGAAAAUUCAGAAUCGUGAAUUUCUAUAGAGGAUUUUUGCCCACGAUAUCGGGCAUUGUACCUUAUGCCGGUGUUUCAUUUCUGACCUAUCAUUCCAUCACUCAACUCUUCAGAUACAAUGCGAUCAUAUCACCCUUCACACGAGCGCCACUAUCAACAUGGGCAGAGUUAGUCUGCGGCGGAGUGGCAGGUCUGAUUGCACAAACCAGCAGUUAUCCUUUGGAAGUGAUAAGAAGGAGAAUGCAAGUAGGUGGGUCACUGAACCCGUACAAGUUUGUAGGAUUUAUGGAAACGACAAAAGAGAUAUAUCGCCUGAAAGGAUUGAAAGGAUUCUACGUCGGUUUGAGUAUCGGUUACAUUAAAGUAGUACCCAUGAUGGCAGUCAGUUUUGCCGUCUACGAAAGGAUGAAACGCUUGUUGGACAUUUAA